CCACGAUGCCCCUCUACCAAAUGCUUUGUAUAUCCGCUCAUUAUUCCGACUACGUUCGUUCUUUCCUUUGUUUUCCCCCUUCAAAAUGGCAAUCCUUUUACUUAUAGCAACACAUAAAACAACUCGUCACCCAAACUUGUACUCACCUCAUGAAAUCGGGCGGUGUCGUUCGAAAAAUAGAUUCUUGGGGAACUUUAGUGUUGCCGCAACGAAUGAAGAGACAUAAGACUCCACAUCGUAUUGGGGAUUACUGGACUCUCCACUUUGACACCUCCCCGAGAACAAUCCAAUCCUUGAAUAAAAUUUUGAGACAGGAUCCCUUGGUCAUCCGGUGGACUGUAUUGAGGUGUGGGAGUAAGGUGGAAGAUAUUGCCCGACAAGGCCGUGUAGCAAUUCAAGGGAGUGAUGCUUGGAAUGCUGCAACGGAAAGGAUGGAUAGGAUAUAAACAUCAAUAUACACAUAUCUCUCAACUUAUUCUGAAGACAAACACAUUCAAUCACUGCCUUCCUUCCACGGCGUUUCACUUACGAUUGGUUGGACCAUACAA